CUCGUCCCUCGCUCGCUAGAAACCAGGCGGGCGUCUAUAAGAAAGCUUCUCCUACCUGCACAUCGGCUCCCACCCUCAGCCGAUCAGCAUCCAAUUAAGAGAGCGACAGAAGAAAUUAAGAUCUACGUCGACAGUGAGUGAUAAAGAGUGGCGUAUAUACAUGGCUCCAAAUCUGAUCCCAGCCUUCGCCUACACCGUCGUCUACGUCCAAGACGUCGCUAAGUCGGUGGCCUUCUACUCCAACGCCUUCGGCUACAGCGUCCGUCGCCUUGACGAGUCCCACAAAUGGGGCGAGUUGGAUAGCGGGCAGACGACGAUCGCCUUCACGCCGGUGCAUCAGAGGGAGACCGACGGCUUGACGGGAGCAGUCCAGACUCCAGACGCGGGAUGGGAGAGGGCACCCGUGGAGGUCUGCUUCGCUUAUGCCGACGUAGAUGCGGCCUACAAAAGGGCGGUGGAGAACGGAGCCGUUCCAGUGAGCCCGCCCGAGGACAAGGUUUGGGGUCAGAGGGUCGGCUACGUUCGGGACGGCGACGGCAUCGUCGUGCGCCUCGGAAGCUACGUGGUGGAGCCGCGUCCAUGAAUAAUCUCACUGCUGUAUGUUCCCUUCGGAUUACAUUGCCGUUAGGCAGUGGAUGCCAUGGUCUUUGAGAUUCGGCUAGUUACGACUAUAUCUAAACGUAACUAAUGUACGCACCAUUAGCAUUUACUAGUAAUCUGUAAGGAUAUUAAAUAAACUUUUCUGCCCCCCCUCUCUCAA